AUGAUGCAGUUUGCCAAAAUUUUGUCUGCCAGAGGCUUCCACAUCACUUUUAUUAAUACUGAAUAUAUGCAAGAGAAAAUGUUGAAAUCUGGAUCGAUUAAGUCCAGCUUUGAAACUAUUCCAGAUGGGCUGCCCCUGCAGCACAAACGAACCAGCCAAAUUGAAGAGCUUUGUGAAUCCAUCACAAAUAAUUGUCCCCUGUACUUUGAAAAGCUGAUAGAUAAGUUAAAGGAUACAGCAGAUGUCCCUCCCUUGACCUGCAUUGUUUAUGAUGCACUUAUGACUUGGGCUCAAAAAUCAGCCAAAAGAUUGGGAAUUCCUGGAGUGUCCUUCUGGACAGCUAGUGCUUGUGGCUUCUACAUUUACUUUUCAAUGCCUCUUCUUAGGGAGAAGGGAUAUAUCCCUCUCAAAGAUAAAAGUUAUCUGACAAAUGGGUAUCUGGAAGAAGAAGAGAUCAGCUUCAUUCCUGGGAUGCCCUUAUUGCACACGAAAGAUGUGCCCAGUUUCUGCUAUGAUGCUACCAACUACUUGUUUGAGUUCUUAGAAACCCAAUGCCAGGCUGCUCUGUUAGCUGAUUUUAUGGUUAUUAAUACAUUUGAUGAGCUAGACAGGACAAUAAUAGAGACACUUCAGGCCAAGCUUCCUGUGUACAGCAUAGGUCCCCUGUUACUUUCCACAGCAGAGGAAACGAAUGGAUUAUCCAAUAUGAUUUCUGUGAGUAUAUUUACUGAAGAAACAAGCUGUGUGAAAUGGCUGGAUGAUCAGGGUGCCCAUUCGGUUAUUUAUGUGUGCUUUGGAAGCAUGGCAGUAAUCUCUGAAAAAGAGCUUGUGGAGUUUGCAUGGGGUUUAGAGGCGAGCAAGCAGCCUUUUCUGUGGGCUAUUCGUCCAGACCUCAUUCAUGGAGCUUCUGCUGUGCUGCCUGUGGAAUUUGUGGACAAAGUGAAGGGAAGAGGUUUCUUUGUGAGCUGGGCGCCUCAAAUACAAGUGCUCUCCCAUCCUUCUGUGGGAGGUUUUUUAACUCACAGUGGUUGGAACUCUACGAUAGAAAGCAUCUGUGCAGUUGUGCCCAUGAUUUCAUUGCCCUUCUGUGCAGAGCAACAGAUUAAUAGGACUUUUGUGUGCCAGGUUUGGAAAAUUGGGGUUUCAAUGAAUGCUGAUGUGAAAAGAGGAGAAGUGCAAGAAAUGGUGAGAAGAUUGAUGAAAGGGGAGGAAGGGGAAGAAAUGAGGAGGAAGGCUGGUGAGUUGAGAGAUGCUUCCAUUAAAGCAGUCAAAAAAGGAGGAUCUUCUUACAAUAAUUUGGAGAAGAUUUUAGCAAAGAUGGGAGGAAGCAAUAAGAUUUGAUUGAUCU